CUUCUAGCGAGCUUGAGCAUCUUAAACUCAAUCCUAGCCUGAAUCAUGCAAUUAGGCUCAAGCUAUUCGUUCUUGUAGAAAUUUGUUUGUUUACAAAAGAGAAAAACGAAGGCAAGAUGGUGAUUCCUAUGCCUGCUAUCCAGGUCUCUGCGGUGCCCACCGAGUAUGCCCUGAAAAGGAGAAAUUUCUUUUGGGCUUUUGCAUCGAUUCUCGUGGUUUGCAGUAUUCCUCUUUGAAACUACUAAUGAUGUUGGAUGAUCUUGAUUGGUUAUUGAUGACCACCCCUGAUAUUAGUCAAUCAGAAGUUCUUGGCCACACAGACACAGUCACAGUCAGAAUAAAUUUCCAGAAAGCUGCUGUCCACGUGGCACGCUUUAGGCAACCUACGAUUGCGAAUAACAGCGUAGCCGCUUCUUACAUUGCUAAUCACCUACUCAAGCACAACCCCAACCUUUACUCAACACCUCUCUCCACCUUGUUACGAUGACCAUGUUGUUGCAUCAUUCUUUCUCAACCUCAGGUGUGGUGCAGAUUACGAUGUUUUUGAACAUCAUACCUGGUUUCAUGAUGUUCGUUAUUGGCCUCGUCGGCCUCUACUGCAUCCGCGAAAAGUCUGUGGACAUGAAUUGCUUGAUGACCUGGGGUAUUUCAUCUUAAUCAAUUUGUUCUACUACAACAUCAGCUGUCGAUUGUUCUGUGCUUCAUGACAUCGGGUAUGCUUGUCUCUUUGCUGAUUCGCAACUCCAACUCCUUACUUCGUAAUCCAAUUGUUACUCUACCUAGGUAUGAUAUGCGCAGUUAAUGGCGUCUUCGACACUGUCUUCUUGAUUGAUCGGGCAGUCAAGAUGGACAAACCGAUCUUCACAUUGCGCAUCGAGCACGCUCUCCUGUACAAUUUUUAUGAGGAUCAAUACAAGAAUAAUUCAAAUUUUCAUUCUCUCACUAUCUCGCUUGUCAGUUCCUUUAUCGUCAUGAAGAUGGAGCCUCGUUAAUGUUGUCAAAAAUGGCGUCGAGCCGAAUACUUUACCUUCCCUAUUGAUAUUGUCCUCUGGUGACCACUACAAGUUCAAGUUGUACAAUGAAAUAUUCUAUAUCCCGCGAAGAGGAAGAGCAACAGCAACACCUUGGCCUUCAUCUUCCUUCUAAUGUUUGAUGCAUCUAGUGAUUCUUUCUGGACCAACUGCUGAGCUUUGCACGGCCUGGCUUUCCUACAAAGUAUAUCAGGAUGCGGCGUCAGAGAGCGGCGCGGAUCAAAACUUCAUGGUCGAUAACUAUCACAGCCGUCAGAAUGGAAAUUCUGCAAUUAUGAAUUGCUCAAGUUGGAAAUGUUCACUUAUCAUGCUAGAACCUGGAGAAGAGACAACAGAUGGAAUGUAAACUUUGGAAACCGAUGGUAAUAAAAGGGUAUUUGUGCUGGUGCAGGUGCUGCGGCACAUACCUGUAAUGCUAUAAUGAUUUGCUGCAUUCGUUAUCAUGUUGAGGACAUAGAAAUUUGAAUUUGCAGUGGAUCAUCUAGUUUUAGAUUGCGAACCACAAGCACAAGGCAGAGAUCUUUAGAACAAAAAACAACUCCAUAUUUUCGCGUCGUUCUCCUUCUCGUCCGAUGAUUGAAUUUGUGUCUAAUCCAAGCGGUGGAGGCGUUGGGUCAGCAUUUUCGGGCAGCGGACCAUCCUUCUAUGGCGGUAGUGCUAUUUCCGGUGGUGGAGGGAGCUCUCUUAACAGCGCGAGCACAGCGUUCCAGCCGUUUGGCGGCAAAGGCAAUAAACUAAACGGAGGUGGUUCAUCGGAGUCUUGCGAAUCAGACUAGGGAAACAAGUAGUGCGGUAAGGAGGGAGAAGAACUAGAACAGCAAGGAGGAGGAGAUGAAGUCAAGGAAACAGUAAGAAGUUGUUAGGAUCGAAUUGCGAAGGCAAAGGCGUAGUAAAAAAAUAGAAGAAGCAGGAUAAAAAAAAAGGAAUAUGAAAGUGAAUUCGAUGACAUGGUGUUACUUCGAAGAAGUCUGACUCAAUAUAUCGCACGCUGUUUUCUCCACUUCUUCUUUCUGUUCUUGCUUUUCAUAUAUUUACUCAGUGAAAUUAUAUCUGAAAGCUAGUAUUGACCCACCCGUAUGUAGUUGAACCCAACGUCGUGUUGCCGCUGUAGCCGCGGUAAUAAAGAUGGCGAAGGGGGAGGUUCAAUCUCUACCAGAACCAUGUAGUCAGUGUUAUCUAGUAGUGAAAACGAAGAACGUAGUUUAAUUUUGCCUGCAGAGCUAAUGCACAGAACGUCCAAUCUUCUGCUCACAUAGGAGUUCAUCUUGACCAGAUGUCAUGUUGAAGGUUGUGCAUAUGUUGAAGAUCGUGCAUUACGGAUCCCCUUCCGACCUCCUCGAGCACGAUGUAUGGUAUGAAGCACACGAUGAGUUAUGACAGUGUGACAUUGUGGUCCUCCAAUGCUAAUACAUGUAUUAGCCCCUCUGACAGUAUUGCCACAAGUGGAUGAACCAGGAGUCCUGGCAGAGAAAUAGUUGCAUGUAGUACAAUCGCGGCAUCUAGUAAGACAAGUAGAAAGAUGAUUUGGCAUCAAAACUCCAGAAGCACCAGCGGCUGCUCCUAUAAUCAAUUCUACUCCAAACUCCGGAAAAUGAGUGACCUUGAACGACAC